UACCGGCACUCGAGCAUCCACGCGUCCUUCGCCAUGGUCUUCGGUGAUCUGAGUUCGAACGUCGGCUUGUCCAACCUAGACGCCUACCUGCUCACCAGGAGUUACAUUGAGGGAUACCAGCCAUCACAAGCAGAUGUCGUCAUUUACGAAGCCGUAAACAAAAAGCCCUCUGCGAAGUACGAAAACGCCGUCCGGUGGUAUACGCACAUUGAAUCGUUCGGCGAUGAACGACAAUCUUUUCCGGGACAAAGGAAAUCUGUUGACCAGUAUGGUAGUGCAACUUCUGAAGUUUCAACAAAAGCUACCAAAGUUGAGGAGUACGACGAUGAUGACCUUUUCGGUUCAGAUAGUGAUGAUGAACAGACAGAGCGACUUCGCCAGGAACGUCAAGCAGCACUCGAUGCUCAAAAGUCCGCGAAGGCUGCACCGGUAGCGAGAUCCACUAUUGUGUUGGAUGUGAAGCCAUGGGAUGACGAAACUGAUAUGGCUGAGUUGGAGCGGUGUGUACGAACUAUCACUACUGAUGGACUUUUAUGGGGUAGUUCAAAGCUCGUUCCGCUUGCCUACGGGAUUAGAAAGCUGCAAAUUGGGUGUGUCGUGGAAGAUGACAAGGCACGUGUAACACGGGACGCUGAUGAAUAUCUUAUCAACCCACUCGGUCUACUGUAUCACGAAGUGACGGCCUCUUCUCUAGCAAAAGUUAACUUGAAAGGCGCUAUUCUAGACCCGGGUACAGUUGCCCUUGGAAUCGAUAGACAAGGUUGGAUGUUGCACGCUGCGGUGCACGAGGCCCGGCCAGAUGUACGAUGCAUCAUUCAUUUGAACACACCCGCUACUAUUGCUGUUUCGUGUACAAAUAGCGGGCUGUUACCGAUCAGUCAGGAGGCCAUGAUACUCGGAGAGACUGCCGUAUAUGACCCUAGUGGCUUGGCCUUAACAAACGGGCAAGGGGACUCGAGUGAAGAUCCUACUGCGCGCCGGGAAAGACGCUGUUCUGAAGAGCGUCAAGCCAUCGCUGCGAUCCUUAAGGCACAGUCUCAAGACUGCAUGCUUUUAAUGAUUAAGAAUCACGGGCUUUUGGCCAUGGGACAGACAAUCGAGGAAGCUUGGUUCGUGGCGUUUACUGCGAUUGUGGCUUGCGAAGCACAGCUCCGACUCGCUUCUAUCAGUCCGGACGAGCUCAUACUCCCAGUGAAAGAAGCCCAACAAGCGGCACAUUAUGUGGGUCGCGCCCCAUCUGCCGUUCAGCUCCGUCCUGGAGAGAACGUCGGUAGUUCUGGUUGGCGUCGUGGAGAGCUUGAGUUUGAGGCGAUGAUGAGACGUUUAGAUGCGGCAGGCUAUCACACAGGGCACGUGUAUCGUCUUGCACAGAUUCAUUCAACUACGGGUGCAGUCGGCACACUUCCACGUCCCUUAGAAGACAUUCCUGAUGACGUGGCUGUGACGGAACCUAUGACACCUCGAGCUGCUGCUGCGUACGUUCGAAAGACCGCCAGUUUGGGGAGAGGCUUGCGUGGUCUGAAAGACGUCGAGAUACCUCCGGCCGCGUCAUCCUUCGCUACUGCGUACUAUGGGGACGAUGAGUCCCGUGCUGCGGCUGCGGCAGAAGCAAGGGCUAAAACACUGUCCCUCUCACGUACUCAUUGGCUGAACACUCCGAACUCAUACUGUCGCAAAGAUAUUGCCGAGAUUGGUACACCGACUCCAAAAAUGAUAGCCCACUGGACCGAGGAUAUUGACCAGGCGAAACGUCGCACUGGCGGUAUGGCGGUCCCUAUCGACGAUCCAAACCAGUUCGCGCCACAAGGUGCUGAUCCUUAUGAACUGAAAAGACGUCAAAGAAAAGUGAAAGAAAAGUACUACAAAGAUGUAACAACUGCCGGACCACGAUCGCGUAUUUUGGAGGGCCUUAAUUUAGAUGACGAAGGUGAUCUCACAGAUGGAGGGACAUCUCCAGUUGUUAGUCCCAGAGGAACGCUGCUACGCAUCGACCCCAACAAUCCACCAACCGUCGAACCUGGUCAUGUGGUUAUAGUUGGUGCCGUGAGCAAAGGCAUCAUAAGUCGGGACCAUCGGCACAAUGCUGGCAUUUACCAAUCGGUCUAUGCACCAAAUCCUUUCGAUCGCGUGACUGAUGAGGAUCUAGAACGCUAUCGAGAGAACAUGGAUCGCAAAGCCAAAGGUUUACCAUCUUUAGAGGAAGAGGAGGCUGCAUCUCGAGUGGAGGAGGCCCGGAAGGCGGCUGAAGUCGCCCGGCAGGUUAUGGAGGCCGCGGCUGGUCAACCUCAGCAACGAUCAAGGUUCUGUUUUCGUCGUAGCUUCAAGGAAGUGGCGAUGAAAAAGGAUAUGUUAGAAGACCAGACGGUGGCUGAUUGUAGCAAUACUCUGGCAGACCUGUCAUCCAGUAUUUUGUGCUCUACAGUUACUUCUGCUUGUCUGUGCGAAGCAGAAAAGCGCCUGCUCACACGUCAGUCGACCAUCAGUUCCAAGUUUGGUACGGAUUCGGAAUGUGCACGCGUCACUUUCCGAAGCACUAGCGUUGAUACGCUGGCGAGCAGUCUGACCAAUGGAUCCCCGUCGUUCGCUCAUACCAACAAAUCAUCUGAUUCUGACCCGCCACCCUGUCCUCGAGUACUCGUCAGACGCCACAGUGCGUUUCGGUGCUGGUACUGGUCACCAAACAUGACACUGCGUUCAGACCCGGUGUCACGGAUCACUCCGCUCGACAAAUCUGUCAGCGAAACGGGGCAGACUCUGAAGCUGGGCUCUCGUUUUCUCAAACGACACAAAACAUUCAUUGGUCUAACAACGCCCGAACCAGAUGAAAAGCCACAGUUUAGGGAUCAACUUCCCGCGUCCAUGUUUCCAGUUCGUAGAUUUUCCGAUCGUGUCGGCCGAUCAGUUGCCUGGCGUCCUGGGGCCAUCAUCCGAUUUCACCACAGCGGGAACUCUGAAGUUUCUCCCUGUCACUCUGGCGACAACACAAAUGUGUCAUCCAAAAGUCCCGAGCGUGAUACUGGAAGAUACACCAGUGGUGCGGAGGCCAGUCAUGAUGACACAGAAAAAGAGAUGCGGCCCGAUGAACAUGGUGGCGAGAAGAAAAAGAAACGACGUUUCAAGAUGCCAUCAUUCUCCCGCAAGUCGAAGCCGAAACCGAAGAAGUGACCGGUCAAAUUCAAUCCAACGGCUGAUUCGAUUAUUUACUCACUUUUCGCUUGGUGAUUUCGUUCUGCUUUUAUACCCUCAUCCAACCGCGUCAAAUAGCACACGGACGCUGGCGAAAGCUUGUCCUCAUUCUUUUCGUUGUUAGGAUUUUCCAUUUUGAUUUUCGCGCAGAUUGUGGUCUACUGUGGUUUUGGUGUGUGCGUCGGCGCAGCUCGGUAUCCAGUUCUCCCUGUGCGGUACAUUUUAUGUUCAUUGGUCUCUGCCUUCCUCUUCGUUAUCAACCACUCCUUUGGUUUUGCUUUUAGCUUGUUCUCGUUAUUCGUCUUGUUCUGUCGCUAAAUUGGCUUACUCCCAUCUGCCUGGUCAUUCUUUACAAACAUGCAACCGGUUAGUAGCAUUGUCAUUGUUUUAUUUCUCGUUUCCAUCUACCCUUCUUUCCCCACAUUUGCCACAAUAAAUCAUGAUUGAUCAUAAAACC